AAUCAAAUCGCAGAAGAAGAGCGCUUUGUCGGUGGAGGGCUUUGAGUCGCAGCGUGUAACUUUUAGCUUUUGUAAAUUUGAUUGUUGUUACAUUUACUCCGAACGAUUUCAGCUGCAGCUUAGUAGCUGAUUUGUAAUUCGUCGACGGUACCUUAUAUUCAGUGAACUACACGAGCGCCAUUUUAUCGUGUAUUCUGACCUGUUAGCCAGCUUGCUAACGAUCACUUCCUUAACUGUUGUAGCUUGCAGCUAACGUUAGCUAGGUUUGUGCUAACAUGUCUGGUGAAAGUGUGAUUAGGGGACCAUCAGGGAGCAACGACUGUCGCAUAUACGUCGGGAAUCUCCCCCCUGACAUCCGCUCAAAGGACGUUGAAGACUUGUUUUACAAAUAUGGAGCCAUUCGUGAUAUUGAUUUGAAAAACCGAAGAGGAGGACCACCAUUUGCCUUCGUGCAGUUCGAGGACCCGAGGGAUUCUGAGGAUGCUGUUUACGGACGGGAUGGUUACGACUAUGAUGGCUACCGCCUCCGCGUCGAGUUCCCUAGAAGUGGAAGGGGAGGGGGGGGUGGUGGUGGUGGUGGCGGCGGAGCAAUGGGACCCCCAAGAGGAAGGAAUGGCCCCCCCUCCCGACGCUCAGAGAACAGGGUUGUUGUGUCAGGUCUUCCUCCCAGUGGAAGCUGGCAGGACCUGAAGGAUCAUAUGCGAGAUGCAGGCGAUGUAUGUUACGCUGAUGUGUACCGUGAUGGAACCGGGGUAGUGGAGUUUGUACGCAAAGAAGAUAUGACCUACGCUGUCCGUAAAUUGGAUAACACCAAGUUUCGCUCUCACGAGGGAGAGACGGCCUACAUUCGUGUGAAGACCGACGGUCCUCGCAGCCCCAGCUAUGGCCGUUCUCGCUCUCGGAGCCGCAGCAGGAGCCGCAGCCGAAGCAAGAGUGCGUCGCGCAGCUACUCCCCACGUCGCAGCAGAGGGUCUCCACGUCCCCGGCGUUCAGUCUCUCGCUCCCGCUCCCGCUCUCGCUCCCGCACCUAGAUUCACUUCAGCUAAAGCAGUGGUGUGAAUCAGAGCCGGAGAGGAAAUCUUCACGUCACUCAACAGAUCCUGUAUACCCACCACGGAUCAUCAUCAGAUGUGUUCCCCCGUUUAAACCGUCUUGUGUGUUCCCCCAAUUUUUGUUGCAGUUUUUGAGUUUUUGUUAGUUUUCAUUUUUUGCAGAACAGAUAAGUCUGGUCUGUGUACAUGGCCCCUUCUGACUGUUCUUUCUUUUAUCCCUUCUCAUCAUUGUUUUUCUGCUAGCCAUCUCUGCUCCUUCUCUUUUACUUUUCUUCUACUAAUUGUCCUCGUUGUAUGCUUUAUUUAGUUUUGUUUGGAAAGAUUUUCCUUCUUUUAAGCAUAUACUACUGUCCUUUUGACUUUCUUGUGUGUCUCUCUGUAGAGUUCAGAGGAACAGGAUAGGAUGGGAAGAGAGGAAACAGUUCAUAUUAAGAUAAACAGGAGGAGGAGGAGUCAAAUAUGGCGCCAAUGGUAUGAUGGCUGUGCCUUGUCAACUGUGAAAUCUGCUUUAUAAGGCUGUUCAGUUUUAGUUUUUUUUUUCUUUCUUUUUAACGUACACUUGACAAUAGAGUGCUGUUGAAUGUUUUCAGGUGUAACAAGUUGUAUUUGGAGACCCAAAGCUUGUGUUUUUUGCUUUUGCUCAUCUUUUAGUAUCCAAAGUAAAUCUUAGUUUUUUUUGGGAUUGACUGUAGAUGGUGUCCCUUGUUUCUCUCAAAGUAAACUCCCUCUCAGAUGCAUUUAUUGACUUUUUUUUUUUUUUUUUUAAGUAUUUCCGAAGGUGUGAUUCUAACUUGCCUCCUUCUCUUUGGUUCUGCUGGUAUUCUGAAGGUUUGGACUGGGCUCAUUGUCUCCCCAUACCGGAGCCGGAUCAGGAUUCAGGAUCAGAUUAGGAAUAGGCUUCAGGAUGGAUACAUGGAGCAGGAGCAUGGGAGCAUUUUACCGGGAGAGGAUCCUGACCCCCGGCCCUGUCCACAUAAGUCCAUCAAAACCGGAAAACACAUUGUAGUGAAAUAAUCAAACAAAAUUGGCUUUCAAAUAAUCCAAAUUCAUUUCCUUUUUUUUCCAUUUUGUAUGGGACCUCAGAGGCACAGUUACUGGCGGCACUGUGACAAGCGAUUAUUUGUCUUUUUUUUUAAUUAUACAAAAAAGAAGAGCAAAACCAGGAGGAGGGCUGGGAGGUGCAGGAUGGAUCCACACGCUAAGGAGAGUGGUAAACAGUGGGCAUCCAUUAACAGUGGAGGAGGGAGGGGAGAGGGAGGACUGUGGUUUGUAUCUCUUUUUUUAGGUCAGUCUUUUCCUGAGGAGGAUGAUUUCUGGUUUUCUCAAGUAUAAUCUCCAGUAUCUUAAAGCUUUAUUCUCUUUUAAUAAAACUUUCAAUAAAUUAG